CCCGCGCCUGCGCCGUGCGCACCUACCGGCCUCCAGCGCCCGGGAGGGAGAUUUUUCUACAUGAGUGAAAAAGACAUUUGUUGCAAGUAAAAGUGACACAGCAUUUUUUUAGAAUGUCUGAAGAUGAAGAAAAAGUGAAAUUACGCCGUCUUGAACCAGCUAUCCAGAAGUUUAUUAAGAUAGUAAUCCCAACAGACCUGGAGAGGUUAAGAAAGCACCAGAUAAAUAUUGAGAAGUAUCAAAGGUGCAGAAUCUGGGACAAGUUGCAUGAAGAGCAUAUCAAUGCAGGACGUACAGUUCAGCAACUCCGCUCCAAUAUUCGAGAAAUGGAGAAGCUUUGUUUGAAGGUUCGAAAGGAUGACCUGGGACUUCUGAAGAGAAUGAUAGAUCCUGUUAAAGAAGAAGCAUCAGCAGCAACAGCAGAAUUUCUCCAACUCCAUCUGGAAUCUGUAGAAGAACUUAAGAAACAAUUUAAUGAUGAAGAAACUUUAUUACAGCCUUCUUUGACCAGAUCCAUGACUGUUGGUGGAACAUUUCACACUGCUGAAGAUGAAGCUGAUCCUCAGAGUAUGACUCAGAUAUAUGCGUUACCUGAAAUUCCUCGAGAUCAAAAUGCUGCAGAAUCAUGGGAAACCUUAGAAGCGGACUUAAUUGAACUUAGCCAACUGGUCACUGAUUUCUCUCUCCUGGUGAAUUCUCAGCAGGAGAAGAUUGACAGCAUUGAAGACCAUGUCAACAGUGCUGCUGUGAAUGUUGAAGAGGGAACCAAAAACUUGGGGAAGGCUGCAAAAUACAAGCUGGCAGCUCUGCCUGUGGCAGGUGCACUCAUCGGAGGAGUGGUAGGGGGUCCGAUUGGCCUCCUUGCAGGCUUCAAAGUAGCAGGAAUUGCAGCUGCACUUGGUGGUGGGGUGUUGGGCUUCACAGGUGGAAAAUUGAUACAAAGGAGGAAACAGAAAAUGAUGGAGAAGCUCACUUCCAGCUGUCCAGAUCUUCCCAGCCAAACUGACAAAAAAUGCAGUUAAAAACCAAACUUCAGUAUUACUGCAUCAACAUGUCUAUCCUAAUGAGGAUCUUUGCUGCUGUUGGACACUCAGUCAGCUUUUGGAACAUGAUUAUAUGAAGAUAGUGACUAUAGAUGCUCAAGUGGGAUUGAGCUGUGAUAAGUGGAUGUACUUUGUUGUUUGCUGGGGUGUUAAUGGGGAUGUUAGAGACUGAGGAGCCUGCACUCGGGGUGUAUAAUAUUUGUUAGGUAAAAUUUAAGGACUGCCAGGGAGUGGAUUUUUUUCUGCUUGGAAAUGUGAAAGUUAACCCGUAACUUUGAUGAGGACUUGUGACGUGUGGACAUGUUGGGUUAUGGAAGGAUGGUUUUCAGAAUAGUUUCUUCUAUAACCCUGAAUUGGAGGCCCUAAGGCUAAGCAUUUGUAAAUGUGCUUAUUUAUCUCCUAAAUAUAGGCUAUUUAGGCAUUUUAGCAAAGAAAAGAAUGGAAGUUCAGGAGCCUUUCAAAUCAGAUAAGAAAAUCAGCACCUAGCAAAGGGCACAAGUGAACUGCACAGUGAAGUCCAUUCGGUGAGCCCUGUUGCAGUUUGAUCUAACUGUAUCAUCUGGUGAGAGAAACUAAUAGUGAAAAAAAAAAUGGAAAGAGAGGCCCAACUUUUUUUCCAAAUAUCUUAAUUUGUGACACUGGCUUCUUCUCUGAACUCUUCUUCUGUCUCUCUUUAAAUAAAGCACACAGAGCCUUAAGUGGUAGGAGAUUUGCUAAGCCAGUCAUCAACCUGUCGCUUCACACCUCAAUUAUCUAGUGCCCUCUGCCUUCCCUCCCUUUAAUUUUGACAACUUCUUUGACUUAUGGGGUGAAUUCUACCCAUGUGUAAUGCAGACUUUUCUCAUAAUCUUUUUGAAAAACUUUUAUUUUCUGCCAUCUCUUUUCAUGUUCUCCUGUAACCUCUAGGUAAGAAACAGGUGUCGAUCUCCAUAUAUUUCCAGUAUUGUUAGAGUUUGAGCUAAAAAAUAAGCAAGAGCAGAACACCAGAUCAUUUCUUGGGGCAUCUUCCUGUUUCAAAGAUCUCAUGUACCUGCUAUACAGGGAGUCUCUGACCCUGAGUCUUUUCAGCUGGCACUUGGGGGAGCUAAGAACUAGCUUUCUACCUCACUUUUGUUACUACCGUCCUUUUCCCAAGGCUUUGCUGUCUCCUAUGCUUUCCUUCACUUUUCACAGCUGCUGUUUCUUCCCAAGAAUGGCAUUCAUGCUUGCCUUUCCUCACAUUCAGGAUGACGAUGGACAAAGCCUGAUGCCAAGACUCAGUCCUGGUGAAGGAUUUGUGGUGCUAAUCCCAACGCUUGACCUUGGUAGAAAGCAUGGCCCAGUCCAACUCAAGGUCUGCCUCAAAUAGCAGAAAAGUUUUAAAUUUACGGGGAGAAAAAAUUGGAGAUUACAGGCGGCCGCAUCCUAUACCCUCAACUCAUUUGAAAUAGGAAGGGAACCACCUUUUGCCUUACCCUUUACUCCUUUCUGAGGACAGAGGAAAGGGCACCUACACCACAAAAGGUGUGGGCUGUCUCUGCUCAGGAUCCAAGUGGAUUCAUCAGGCAGUUGAAAGGCUUAUCACUCCUCUCUUGCUGAGUUCACUCAAUAACUUCUGUUGAUUGCUACUUUUACUUCUGUGUCUAAAGAGAGCUUUCUCUUUCAUACUUUCUGACUUUCACCAAUGAAUUCCAAUGAGAGAACACACCAUUUGUUACUAUUAAAUAACUGGAAAACAUCAAGUAUUGCUACCUACUUAAUUACUGGCUUGUAUUUUUAAUACCAACAAGGCAGUACUUUGAAUAAAUGUCAGAUUCUGAUCCAGUGUUUGAUAUUGGAUACCUGUAAGGUUGGGAUAAUUACUUUGGAACCCCAUCUUUUUUCUAUUUUCUGAUCCUUGCUGUCCGUUUAACACAGGCUGUUCGAAUCAGAACGAGGAUCAGAAUCGCCCAGGGUGGGAAUUUAAAACAAGCUUCUUAAACUUCAGCCCCAUGUGUUAUAAUAGUAGCCAAUCUGGCCUAGUCAGCUAAAAUUAUAAAUUUAAGAUACAGUUACAUCAAGAUUUUGCUAUAUUGUUGAAUUCUGUAAUUUCUAAUAUUCUACCCUUCAGCACAGCCCAGUCGCCAUCACUGUGUAUUAGUCCUACUCUGCCAACCUAAAAUUAGCUAGCUCAUCGUCUUAACAGCACUGGGGACUCACAGUGUCAGGCUGGUUUUACAUCAAGAUCUGAAGGAGAGAAAAUGCCUAUAAUGGACCCUCCCAUUUUGUUCUGGGAUCUCUCCUUUUUACUGAGCCAGUGUGGGACGUCACUGUACGUGCUCAUGUAGUCCUUUGAUUUUUAAUGCUCAUCAGGAUUGGAAUAUUAUUCUAGCAGUCCUUAUGCUUUGGCAAGUUAUAAUCUUUAAUAAAAGUUUCAUAAUUUAAAAUUAUUUAGAAAUUGUAUCAAAUUUCCCCAUAAUAGAACCUAAUUGCCAACUUUUUGUAGAAAUUUCUAGAAGUGUUUAAUCAACUAUAAAUGAUACAUUUAUAAACUCUAAAGUGUUUAAAGUGUAAAUUAGUCAAUAUGAUACUGAAACCAAUCUUAAAAUUGAGUUUAAGUCCCUACAGUAUCAGAUUAAAUUCAUAUUCCAUAUGAUUCAUAUCUCAUUUUUACUGCAACAAGUUAGAAGGUAAGAAACACUAUAAGUUCUUAGAAUUUACAGAGGCUCAUUUGGAUAAUGGCAGCACUGCUAAAGACUAACAUAAUAACCUGAGAAUUUCUCUGUAGAGCAGAGGCUUUGAAACUUUUUGGUUGUAAUCCAUAGUUUGAAAAUGCAUUUACAUCAAACUCAGCAUAUGCAUAAUGGAACAAUACUUACCAUUAUGUGCAGUGUACUCUGAUGUUUUCAUUGUUUGUUUUUAAAUAUGCUAGUUGUAACCUUCUAAAUUGAUUUCCUAAUCUAUCGGUUUCAACCCUUAGUUUGAAAAUAGGUAUUUAUUGAAUGUCUUCUGUUUGCCAGACACUUCAUUAGGCAUUUUAGAGGUAAGGAAACCAAGUCUUAGAGAAGCUAAAUAAUUUGCAGAGGGUUAUUCAACUACAAGAGGGUGAAACCAGUAUGUAAACUAGGUCUGUUGAACUACAGAAACUUCAGUUGCUCUCAUACCAUGCUGCUUCUGUAUGUAAGAUUGAGAUGGGCCAUUCAUUCUGCUUCACCCAAACACCCAUAUAGUCUUGCCAGGCAGGCUUGCUUUGAAAUUACACAUGCCAUUCAGUUGUAUUUUUUAAUCUUCUCUUUCCUCACCAAGUGUCCAGCAGCCUGAAAGUUUUUAAUGGUGGCCGGUGAGGAAGUACAUAGUGCUGAAUUUGGUCCUUAAACUAUAGAAUUAAAAGUGUUUCCAUCCCACCCACACAUCCUACAGUUUUCCUUAUUUUUGUGGGUCAUAGCCAUCAAUUAAGCAGUGCUUUUUAUAUUGAAUUUUAAAAUAAAGUAAUUUCUUUAAAACAAUCAUAACUCACAGAAUCAAAUGAUUAUCCUUUAAACUGGUGCUCUUGGAAGGCCAUGUGCUUACUGUCGUGAUGCUGGUAUUACUUAGAACGUUUUUGAAACUUUUCUUUUGGAGUUGCCUCCAACAACAUUUUACAAAUCAUGUAAAAAAAGCUAUCUCAGUGUUUGCUAGUCAUAGACUAUACUCCCUUGUCCUUAUGCCCUCUCCUCUCUUGCUUCCUCAGUUUUGCUUUUCUUCUGCUGUUCUAGCUCUUGUUCACCUAUGCUGCAGCCAGUAAUCUAAGAACGCUCAGAAAACGGGUGUGCUGGCCAGAGUUCCCAGAACAAGAACUUCAGGUUAUACUGAAGCCGAGUACUGUACAGGGAGAAUUCUGUGAAUCCAAAAACCUUCCUCUGUGGGCUGCCUGCCUGUAAGUGCCAUAAGCAGUUUAUACAGGAGUAAGGAUUGAAUCUUGGUAUUAUCAAUCAAUCACAAGAAGUGGAAUAUAAACCUGCAGUGUACAUUUUUCUCCAGUGAAAGUACAGAAGCCAAGCCAAGCCAUUCUUUGUGUUAACUUUAAAACUGAAAGGUCAUUCUCAGGGUCCCCUUUGUUCUUCACUGCUGCCACGUGAAAUCUUUGGGAGGACGGCUGAAGAAGAGCUCGGGAAAGCGGUUCUCCUGUGAACUGGGACGUUUUCUUCUCUGGUAAUAAAGCGUAACAUGGCUGUGGCUGUCGGGUACUUACGAAUGCUAAAAACUAUUCUUAAGUACUCAGGUCGAAUAAAAGGUAGAGUAGCUCCCACACUGGCCUGAGUUAAUGUAAACAGUUUAGUUCUGUUUGUUUUUAGUAACACUUCACGAUGUUUCUAACAGGUGGUUCUCACUUUAUAUUCAUUAAUUUGAGACCAUUUUAUAGAGACACUUCUUGGGUAUUAUAAACAAUCAAUGGUAAAAGAUAAUAUCCAGUGAUAUUAUCCAUAUCACUGUCCUCAAAAAAUUAUUUAUUGUGGGAUUCAAGAAAGACAUCUGUGCAAUGUUAACAAAAGAAAUAAAUUCAAAUAAAACCUAAAAGGUGUCAAAGGCAAAUGAUUUGCCCAAGGUUAAAGCUAGUUAACACAAAAGCUAGAAUUAUAACCAUGAUGUAAGAAAAACAAAUCCUCAAAGUAAUUUAACUGAAUUUUUGUUGUGCUGUAUUGGGUUGCUUGCUGAAGUUUGUGGUUUUCAGACCAGCUGUAACAUUCCAAACCAGGCAACAGCUAUCGAGGAAAGAGAAUUGUAUGGGGAGUUAGGAGAUCAGAGUUUUAGUUUUGACUUUGUCUCUUGCAGUAAGCUUUUACUCAAGGAUGGCUGCUCUCUCCCUUUCUGGCCAGGGAUUCCCUAACCAUAAAGCUUCAUGGUCAGCAGCUUAGCAUUCUCCAUUCUUUAAAUCCAGCCUCUUACUGUGUCCUGUCAGUUUUUGAAUGUUAUUUGCAUUCAUUUCUUAAAUGUAUUCAUAGCCAUCACUCUAGUAAAUGACUUUAUUACCUCACAUCCUCACCUCAUCUUCCCCAGCUUUAGGCCAUUCCUCACAUCACUGCCAUAAGAACCGUCUUUCAUUUUUCUGCUGAAAUAUUUUUGUUGGAUCCUAUUGAACACCUGAUAAAGUUCAGCCUUCUGUUUUAUGGCCCUGGCUUUAUCUCUUAAAACUCACCAUCAGACAAUGCCACUGAAAAUCAGACAUUCCACAAGAAUGGUUUUGAGGUUUUUCUGUGGGGAAGGUAGAAGCUGGUAAUAAACUGUUUACAUUUCUCCACUAAAAUAAUUUCUAUAAUACUACACUUUACAAAGCUAGUCAGCUGAGUUUUAUUUAAGCUCUUGAACAAGCCUGCAAGUUGUUUCCUAAAGAGCAAUCUUUUUUUCCUCUUUUGUUACAUUCAAUUUCUUAAUCUCCAGAACAGUGUCAGUCUUGCCACCUAUACAGGGGUAGCCAAAGCAUGAGGAUUUUAAUUCAGCAGCGUACGUACUCCAGCCUUUGAUGGACCAUUGUCCAGCUCCUGUGGGAAACUGACUAACAAGUAUUUGUGAACACUCAAGAGUACAUGUUUUCCGUACGUUUCUCAAGUAUGAGAUGAUCUUGUAUUAAGGUUAUGACUAAAAGAUGUUUACCUGGGUUUCAUUAAUUAACCUCUUUAAAGAUAUUUUCCAUUUUAUUGUUAAAACCCUUGCUGUUAGCAAGAGGUUUAACAGAAGAGGCCCAGUGAUGAGAUUUUCUACAAAUUCUGUAAAGUUUACUGAAUUUGCUUAUUAUGUUGCUGAGUGGUGCUCAUAUAAGGAAACAUGCAAUAAAAUCCCUCAUUCAGCAAGCAUUUUACAAAAUGGCUGUUGUGUGUUGAGUGCCAUUGCCAUAUGUAGAAAAAUAUUAGACCUAUAGAUCUUGUAAGCCAUUCAGGCUGAUGAAUUCCGAUUCUCAAAACUAGUAAAUCACAGUAAAAUGUGGUACGUACCCUAAAAGAGGAAUGAACAAAGUAAUAUGAGGACACAGAAUGGAGUGACUAGCUCUGCCUGGAAAAGAAGGGGAAGACUUUGUGGAACAUGUGGCAUUUGAGCAGUACCCUAAAGAAGAAAAUACCUGGCCGGGUUUGUGGGCUUUGAAGUGGCAGCGGGAACUACAAGUACAAAGGGUUUGAAACGUGAAUGAGUACAUAAAGCGUGCUUAGAGAAAACCAAGGAAUUAAAUGUGAGUGAUGAAGAUAGUUAAGUGAAAAUACAGACUAGGGUGUAUAUAUUAUACAUGUAUAUAUAUAUAUUAAAUUAUAUACAUCUAAUAUAUGUUUUUAUAUUUAAAUAUAUAUAUAUUUAAUUUAAAAAAUUCUUUGUUUAAAGGAAUUAAUAUAUCACUUUGUAUCAGGUAAGACUGUUAUAACCCUCUGAGUUCUUCAUUUUGCCUUCGUUACCAGAGACAUUAGUAGCAAACUUCACAUUUGCCUGAGUUCUUGGUAUAUUUGGUGUAUUUGCUUUCCUUUCCCACAUGUAAGAAAAGAUUUGUGCUUUUUGCCUCUGCUGUGAGAUCUCUGCUUAAUAUUGAAUGCAUGCUUUCUUCCUAUCCUGUUAUUCAUUCCAUAAAUAUUUAUUGAAAACCCACUGA